CCAUCCAUUGGGAGGCAGGGCCGGGCGGGCGUGUCCGCGCAGGAGAUCUAAGGCGGCGGCGGGGAGCCGGGGGUCGUGGCUGCGCUGCCUCGCCGCUUGCCCGAGCCCCCGGCUGGGUGCAAACAGCAAGAUGGAGUGUCAGAAAAUUACCAAUUUUGGAAACCAGCUUCUUCGUCGGAAAAAUGUGGACUGCUCUCGAGAAGACAGUCGCCUCUCGCGAUGCCUUAACACGUUUGACUUGGUGGCUCUGGGUGUAGGCAGCACUUUGGGUGCGGGUGUCUAUGUACUGGCUGGAGCUGUGGCACGGGAAAACGCCGGGCCUGCCAUCGUGAUCUCCUUCUUGAUUGCCGCCUUGGCUUCCGUGCUGGCCGGACUCUGCUACGGAGAAUUCGGCGCUCGAGUUCCUAAGACGGGAUCGGCUUAUCUCUACAGCUAUGUGACUGUGGGUGAGCUGUGGGCCUUUGUCACAGGCUGGAAUCUAAUCCUCUCCUAUGUUAUCGGAACCUCGAGUGUGGCCAGAGCCUGGAGCGCGACGUUUGAUGAAAUCAUAGGGCAGCACAUUGAAAAAUUUUGUAAAAAAUACAUGACAAUGGAUGCUCCCGGAGUGCUAGCAAAAUACCCAGACAUCUUUGCUGUGGUGAUAAUCAUCAUCCUAACAGGACUUUUAGCUUUUGGUGUGAAAGAAUCUGCCCUGGUGAACAAAGUGUUCACCUGCAUCAAUGUCCUUGUCCUUGGAUUUGUCGUGAUCUCCGGUUUUGUGAAAGGAUCUGUUAAAAACUGGAACCUGACUGAACAGGAUGUUUACAACACCAGCCAUAGCAUUUUCAAAGACAAUCAAACACAGGAAGAAAAGCUCUACGGUGUUGGAGGAUUUAUGCCCUAUGGAUGGAAAGGAGUCCUCUCAGGGGCAGCCACGUGUUUUUAUGCUUUUGUGGGAUUUGACUGUAUUGCUACUACAGGUGAGGAGGUAAAAAACCCUCAGAAGGCCAUUCCUAUUGGCAUUGUGGCAUCUCUUCUCAUCUGCUUUGUGGCUUAUUUUGGCGUGUCGGCUGCCCUGACGCUCAUGAUGCCUUACUACCAGCUGGAUACCAAUAGCCCUUUACCCAAUGCCUUUAAAUACGUGGGUUGGGAUGGAGCCAAUUAUGCAGUGGCUGUUGGUUCCUUGUGUGCACUUUCUACAAGUCUCCUUGGCUCCAUGUUUCCGAUGCCUCGAAUAAUUUAUGCUAUGGCAGAAGAUGGACUUCUCUUUAAAUUUUUGGCUAAAGUCAACGAAAAGAGAAAAACUCCCUUAAUUGCAACAGUGACCUCAGGAGCUACUUCAGCUGUUAUGGCCUUUCUGUUUGACUUGAAAGAUCUUGUGGACCUCAUGUCCAUCGGGACCCUCCUGGCUUACUCCUUGGUAGCAGCCUGUGUGUUGGUACUGAGGUACCAGCCAGAGCAGCCUAAUUUGGCAUACCAGAUGGCAAGGUCGACAGAGGAGACAGAUAACAACGAGUCUGUGAGCACCAGUGAUUCACAGGCUGGUUUUCUGCCAGAGGAAGAGGAGAAGUUUUCCCUCAAAGCCAUACUGUGUUCUACAGAUUCAGAUCCUUCCAAAUUCUCAGGUUUGGUGGUGAAUGUCUCAACCUUCAUCUUAGGUUUCCUUAUUGUGGGUAUCUGUAUCCUGACUUCCCUUGAGCCAAACAUUCUGAUAAACACUGUACAGAUUAUUGCUGCCAUCCUUGUUGUCACUGUCAUCUUCAUUAUACGGAAACAGCCUGAGAGCAAAACCAAACUCUCCUUUAAGGUACCUUUCUUGCCCUUUCUUCCUGUUGGGAGUAUUUUUGUGAAUGUUUACCUCAUGAUGCAGCUAGAUGCAGGCACGUGGAUUCGGUUUGCAAUCUGGAUGCUCCUAGGCUUUAUCAUCUACUUUACCUAUGGAAUAUGGCACAGUGUGGAAGCCAGCUAUGCAGCCUCAGGAGAAGCAGAGAGAAACACAGACACCGGCUCAGACAGCUGCAAAUGACUGUGAUUGACUUACGGGCGACUGAAAGAAUGGCUGCAGUGAAAGAAAAUUUGUGGUGGGCAUCCUGAACCAGAUUACACCUGUAAUCAGUUAUCAGGAACAUGGAAGCAGAAUGCAGGACUCCCCAGCUUGGUUACUGCAGCUUGCAGUUUGUUUGGCAGCACAGUUAAAAGGGACUGCAAGAUGAAAAGAAUCAACUCUGCCAUAUUCCCAGCAGCACUGGCAGUUCAUCUGGGGUGCUUCCCUUUCUCCCUCUCAGAUUUUGGUUUUUUUCCCCAGUAUGUAGAAGGAGAACUGCUUCUGUGUGCAAAUGCUGCUAUGAAACCAGGCCUCACAAAUGUCCUUCUUUCAGUAGCCCUGGGAAUUACCUCCCAACAAAUGUUCUUCCCAAUUUUAUAUGGAGCAGGUUUUGCAGUGCUACUGUCAGGCAUAAACCAGGAUCUAUCCUUUACCCUAUGUGAGCUGUACCCUCUGUGUAUGCACACAAAAAAAAACGUUCUCACAAUCACUAGAUUUCCCCAGGUUAACAAAGCACCUGUAAGAUUUGCAUUCUUUAAAAUACCAGAUUUUAACUUUUUUUUUUAUUUAACUGGGUUUUUUAGCUACGUGGUCACAUGCUUUCAAGCAUGUCGUUGCUGGGAAAUGUUGAGAAAAUUAGUACUUGCUGAUUUUCAGGUGAGUGAUUGCUCGCCAGCACACAGGUAACCCCAGCAGGUGUUUCUCCCAACUGUACGCUCCACAGAGGAAUUGCCAGCUUUAGUCAGGAACCCACAUGGUGCAAGUACUGCAAAGGCUUGAAAGCAACAAGUGUCUCCAAAGAGCAGUCCUGCCUCUUUGCUUCAGAAAUCACCAGUGGUAUGGCUGUAGUGGUGGGGCUGGCCAGCAGAACUGAGCUGCUGUGACAGCAAGUGCAGCCCUAUGUUGUUCCCCUCACAUCAGUUUUCUGUGCUGGCUGCUUGGCAUUAGCAGCUUUGGUUUGGUAUUGGCAGGUGGAGCACAUUCCUGCCCUGGGGAGGGAAGCACGGGAGGAUCCUCAGAGGCAUGAAAUGCCUGGUCUCAGCCCCCUGCCCAGGGAGGCUGUGGGGCUGUGCAGGGACUUUUCAAUCCUGGCAGAGUGUUCAGACCAGAAAACACGAUUAAACUCUAGGGUCUGACUUGCUGAAGGGAGCUUUCCCUUUGGGGCUGGAGAUCAUCUCCAAAGCCUGCCUGUAGUAAGGCAGGAAAUUUGGAGUUGGGACCAGGAUCUGUAUUUGAUUGGCAAUGUCUUGGUUUUGGCUGUAAGUUGAUUUUUUUUUGUUUUAAUUCUCUCUAAUAGCUUUCCCUAGCCAAAUUAAUCCACUCCCCUAAAAAGGCUUAUUAAAGCAUCGUGAAGGUUAGCCAUGCCCAAGUAAUCCCACUGAUCUAAAUUAAUGCUUCAGCUUGUACUGAAAAACAGAUUAUAGAAUUGUGGAAUAGUUUGGGUUGCAAAGGGACCUUUGAAGAUCAUCUGGUCCAGUUUACCUGACAUCAGCAGGAACAUCUUUAACUAGAUAGGUUGCUCAAAACCCUGUCCAACCUGCUCUCAGACACUUCUGGGGUUGGAGCAUCCCAGAUGGAUACUGCAGAAAUCCACUUUUCCGAUGUGAGUGGAUGCUUUCCUAGGUGUCCUUCAUACUACUGCCUCUGAACACUGGACAGUCUUUAAUUUGUCAGCAUGGCUCUUGCUGAUGAAGCAACAGGUUCUUGCACCUGUCAUUGAGUUGGAGAAGUGAACAGACCUCUGCAUGACAUGCCCAGGGUCUCACCAGGCAUCUGAUGCAGCAGAAAAGGGAAUCACACCAUCUACUGGAUUUUAUGGCUGGAUUGCGGACCAUUUCUCAUGUUUCCAAGAGAAUUUAUAGCCCACUGAAGGGUUUUCAUCUUUUAAUUUUAGUACACUGGGAGGCUUUUCUUGACAGGAUGGCAAUUUGAGGAAGUGAAGGCAAUGUGUUCAUUGCCUCCUAGGUGCCCUUCAGGGUGUGUGAUUAGUGCAGCUUCCCCCACAGAAUGAAGUCGGGGGUCUGCUCCAGUCACUGGGUCUUGACCAUCUGUUAAGCCCUGCUCCUUGUGCAUAUACAAAGUCUUAUUCAAGCAGGGAGAGAUUAAUACAGAAAUUAAAAGCCACUAAGUUGAAGUCUAUUUUGUUUAAACACAGGCAAGCUCAACACACUCCACAGCCUCCCAAAAGGCACUAAAAAGGUGGUGGGAGGGCAACAAGAUGAAAACUGAGGAUCAAAGUUUCAUAUUGUACUAAAAAUAGAAGGAUGUUUUUCCUACCUGGCUACCAGCUUCCGUUCAGUGAAAACAUGAAGCUUGUGUCCUUACCAAAGCUUCAUCUGUGCUGAGCAAGCCAAGGACCUGGUGGAAAAUCUUUCAGGAGGAUGUUGUCAGGCACAUUCCCAAAGUGGGGUAUGACCCAGUCCCUUUUUAAUCCUUAUGGCAAAGCCUGAGCAGUUCUAUAGCUCUCAGCAGGAGGGCCGGGUGAAGGGGACAGGGGAUGGGGUGUUGAAACUGAAUGAACUGGAACAUUGGGGAGUUCAGGUGUUUGUUGAUGAGCCUGAACCACUGGCAGAAAUGUUCCUGUUCUCACAUGCUGCAGCAUGACACUUUAAUGGAAACAUUGGAGACCACACUCACUGUGCUGGCAGCCCCAGUCAUAUUGGAAGCAUCCUAGGAAAUGAGUCCAUGGAAACUCAUAGCAUGUGAGCCACUGUCAGGUAAGGCAGCUGACCAGCCCUGCUGCCAGGAAGCUAAUGACUGACUAGCUUCCAUGUUUACCUUAAUGGGGUAACCCUCUAAUGGGCUUUUGCUUUGUUUCCCAUUCAUCCCAGUUUCUGUACGCUCAGAAAAAACACGGCAGGAUAUGCUGGUUUGUAUCCGUCAGCCCACAGGUGCACUGACACACGGAUUUAUUGUCAGGAAUAUAUUACACUUAUCUGUACAUCAUAAUUGAAAUAAUACAAACUCUUCCUGUAAUCAUUAGCCACAUAAUAAAGAGGACCACAGAA